CUCUCUCUCUCUCCUCCUCCUCCUCCUCCUCUCUGAUGCUCCUCCGCUCCUCUAACUCUUUUCCUCCUUCUGUCUCCUCCGUGCAUCACCGUUUCUCUCCGAUGUGACUCCGCCGUCGUUAUGUCCUCUUUUCCUCCGGGUUUCCUCUUCCAUCCGUCUCCGUCUCCGUCCCGGUCCCGGUCCCGGUCCCCGUCCCGGUGUCGGUCCCUGUCUCUGUCCCUGUCCUUCGGCUCCGGGGUCCUCCCGGGGUCCCGGUCCUCGGGCUCCGCCUUCUCUCCGUACUCACCGGGACCAGCGGCUCCUCACCUGCCUCCGUACGGAGCGGAGCCCCGAGCCGCGUCUGCGCGCUCCUUCCUGACUCCGGCCUACGACCCCCCCUCCGGCCUCCCCUCCGGCCUCCCCUCCGGCCUCCCCGGGACCCUGGACUACCCCCGGUUCGUGGCCCUGGGGCCGUACCCGUACGGGGACCCCGGCUACAGGAAGAACGCCACGAGGGACGCCACGUCCACCCUGAAGACCUGGCUCCACGAGCACCGUAAGAACCCCUACCCCACCAAGGGCGAGAAGAUCAUGCUCGCCAUCGUCACCAAGAUGACGCUGACCCAGGUCUCCACCUGGUUCGCCAACGCCCGCCGGAGACUGAAGAAGGAGAACAAGAUGACCUGGACCCCCCGGACCAGGAGCGAGGACGAGGAGGACGAGGACAACGUGGACCUAGAGCGCCAUGAGGAGGAGGAGGAGGAGGAGGACGAGGAGCGGGGGAGGCCCAAGGAGGAGGAGCCGGAGCCCCGGAGCCAGGACACCUCCCGUCGGUCUCUGAUGUUCAGGGACGACAGCGACUCUGACCGAGGCUUUGCUGAUCCGGACUUUAAAGACUCUGGGGGCCGGAGGUUGGACCCCGCCCCCCCUCAGACCGCCCCCCCUCAGACCGCCCCCGUGGAGCUCGUCCAGUCCUGCGGCGCCACCCAGGGGCCAAACGUGGCCCCAAAGCCCAAGCUGUGGUCCCUGGCUGAGAUCGCCACGUCCUCGGACAGAAGCAAAGCAUGUACAGACUCCUGUGAGCAGGGGGGCGGAGCCUCGCUCCUGCCCCGGUGCCUCUUCUACGCCCCCCCACUCAUGUCCAGAUACCCCAGCUACGACGCCCUGGGGCCCCUGCACACGGGCCCCGGGUCCGACCUGAGCGCCACGGGUUUGAAGGGAUUAGAGGCGGCGAUGCUGCAGAGAGGCAGGACCCACCUUUAGGGCCCAGGGGCCCCCAGAGGCCCCCGGGGGCCCCACACUAACACAGAGACAGUUUUAUAUGGUGAUGAGAUGUAAUGUUUGCACAUGACGCCAAGUUUCAUUAA